CAAUUACGACAGUUACGAAGCAAAUUUGAUUGCUUAUCCACUUACACAAAAUGCCGAGCAUCAUCAUCAUUUACAAGCCAUCCAUUUUUCCAACCAACAACAAUCUGGACCUUGUCUUCACAAAAUGGCUCGAACUCAAAUUUGAUCAAUUUGUCACAAGAAAAAACCGGAGCUUUAAUUUUCAGAACACUUGCUGUUCGAGUUUCCAGAUAUGGCGCUCAUGCCUCCCUCGAUCGCGUUGCAGUUGACGAAGUUGCGGCACUUACAAAGAAUAAAUCCACUUCAGCAAUCUUAAAAAAUAUACAAAGAGUAUUUGACGAUAAAGAAGAAAUUAAUAUCAUUGGAAAUUCUGCUUUUAACAGCCAAUUAACUGACCUCGCCAACACUAUC